AUGUCUGAUACCAAGUCCAGGAAUUCUGAUACGGAGUCGAGAAUCUCCGCCGCUCGUGGCGAAGAAGAUAAACCCAGAUUUUUGAAGUGCAAGGGUGACACCCUCAACAGAGCCAUCGUUGGUUUGUGUGGUGUUGGUUUUUUCCUUUUCGGUUAUGAUCAGGGUGUCAUGGGUUCGCUUUUGACGCUUCCGACUUUCAGAGCCACCUUCCCAGAAAUGGAUACCGUAUCCAACGAGGAACAGAGUUACGCCAUCUGGCAAGGUUUCGUGAUUGGUAUUUACGCCGUGGGAUGUCUCUGUGGUGCUCUUUCCACCAUGUACAUUGGUGACAUGUUUGGCCGUGUUCGUUUGAUUUUCUGGGGCUGUGUGGUGAUUAUCAUUGGUGGUGUUUUGCAGGCUGCGGCCACCGGAACCAAUUUCCUUAUUGUCGCUCGAGUCAUUUCGGGUUUGGGUAAUGGUGUUCUUACCGCUACCGUGCCGCUUUAUGCUGCCGAGUGCUCCAAGGCUAAAAGCAGAGGUAAGUCGCUUUGUAUCCAGGGUGCGUUGAUCACCUUGGGUAUUUGCGUUUCCUACUGGAUUGAUUUUGCCUUCUACUUCACCGAGCCCUUGGAGCCCCACGGAGAGGUUUCCUGGAGAUUCCCCAUUGCCUUCCAGCUUGUUUUCCCUCUCGGUAUCACCUUUUUUGGCUACACCUUCCCCGAGUCUCCCAGAUGGCUUGUGGGUCAAGACAGAGAAGAAGAGGCUGCUGUUGUUUUCGCUGCUUUGUACGACACUUUCCCAGACGACCCGUUUAUCCAGACGCUUAUUUCCGAUAUCAAGGCCUCUUUGAAGGCGGAAGAAAAAGCAGGCGGUGGUUCCAACUUCAACCCAAGAGCUCUUUUGAAGCAAGGCGAAAGGAAAAACUUCCAAAGAGUCAACUUGGCCGGCUGGUCGCAGGUGAUGCAGCAGAUCUGUGGUAUCAACUUGAUUGCCUACUACGCCGGUACCAUUUUCGAGGAGUACAUUGGCCAGGGUCCCAUGGAGCUGAGACUCUUGGCGGCCUGUAACGGAUUGGAGUUUUUCCUUGCUUCGCUUAUCCCCAUCUGGAUCAUCGAAAAAGUCGGCAGAAGAGUGCUUUUCUUGUUCGGCUCCGUCGGCUGCUGCUUGAGUAUGCUUUUCCUUACCGUUUCCAUGGAGAUGUACCACCAGGGCCACGAGGGCGGUGACAUUGGUGCUGCUUUCUUGCUUUUCGCCUACAACACCUUUUUCGGUAUGUCGCUUUUGUCGCUCACCUGGUUGUACCCACCUGAAGUCUCUUCCCUUGAAGUCAGAGCUCCUACCACGGCCAUCUCGACCGCCUGUAACUGGGCCUUCAACUUUUUCGUGGUCAUGAUCACCCCGAUCUGUUUCAACGCCAUCGACCACUACACAUACCUUAUUUUCGCCGGUAUCAACUUCUGCAUGGUCCCCGUCUUCUACUUCCUUUACCCCGAAACCAAGGGCAGAUCCUUGGAGGAGGUGGACCUUAUUUUCGCUGCCACUCCCUCCUGGAAGCCCUGGAAGGCUGUCAAGAUUGCGUACGAGUUGCCCUUCCGUCACGAGACUGCUGCUGUGGAUGAGGAGAACCUCAAGGCGUACGACGACCAGCCAUACUCGUCUUCAAACAGCAGCGGUGGUCUUGAGGGCCCAGGCGAGAACGGUAUUUUGGAGCAGGGCUCUGUGAAGAGAGACGAGAAGCUCGACGAGAAUUAG